AUGAUAAUCUGGGAUUAUAAUCUGUGUGUCCCUGCAGGGCUGAAGAUCCGGGAGGUGAUGAUCAACGUGUCUCGUCAGCAGGUGGAGGAUUUCCACGGCCCAGAGGACUACUGGUGUCUGUGUGUGGCCUGGAGCCACCUGGGCACCUCCAAGAGCCGCAAGGCCACCGUACGCAUCGCCUGUGAGUAGCAGAACCAUACCAGCAGAGAGAGAGGGCGAGAGAGAGAGAGAGAGAGAGAUGGGGGAGGGGUAGUGAGUCAGGGAAGAUGAGUAGAUGAGAAAGACAGAGAGAGAGAGAGGGGGGGGGGGGGGGGGGGGAGUGAGUGAUUGAUUGAGGGAGAAAGAGAGAGGAAGAAAGCAGGCGGAAAUAGAUAUAUUUGGAGUCAAAGAAACAUAAAAUGAAUCAUUUUGCCUAAAAGAGAGUGCUGUUUGAUCUAAUCCCAGAAACUCUGAUGUAUUGAAUCCUGUCUCCCUUUCUCCCUCCCCUCUCCCAGACCUGAGGAAGAACUUUGAGCAGGACCCCCAGGGGAAGGAGGUGCCCAUUAAAGGCAUGAUUGUGCUGCACUGCCGUCCACCAGAGGGAGUGCCUGUCGCUGAG